AACACAGAGUCAUCCGGAUUGCUGAUAUAUUUGUGUUUGUUCGUUCUUAUAAUUCCAAAAUUCUUGAAUGCUCAAGACUUUUCUGGACAAUUCGACAACGUUCAGGUUGAACAUUAUGAAAAGAUAAUUUUCCAAAAUGAAUCAUACCGAAAAUCGGACCACUUAUAUUAUGCACAAGUUAUACGUCGUGGACAAGAUUCGAUAGUCAGCUCUGAUGGAAACUAUAAAAUCGAUUCUGGACGAGUUUAUAACUCACCAUUUUUAAUCGAAUUUUUCGGGGAACGAUAUGAUUCAUUUAGUAUACACGAUUCAGGCGAAAUGCAGUUUUACAAUUCGGAAAAGAAAACAAUUAGAGGCGGAAUUAUUUUAUCCACGUUGAAAUUGCCAUUUAUUCUUAAGAGUUGUGGGUUUUCUAAGUUGUUGUUAGAGACAGAUGUGUUGAUAUACCCAAACGGAAACAUUUCCAUAUACUUUGAUAGGGUGGCCGGAAGAGUUGAAACUCAAAGGCUCAAAACAAGGAUUUACACUGUGAUCAAAGAUUCAGUUGAAGAAAAUACGGUCGUAUACAGAGAAAUAAAUAUUCCUCAUUCCUGGAUCGCCUGGAAAACUUUAGUGGAGUUUGAACCAAAGACAAGUAUAUCAACUCAAUAAAUGCAAUUUUCAGAAAUCAGUGACUCAUUACACUAAUGACUAAUAUUUUUUUUCUAAUCAGUUUGAGAUUUCUGUGUAUUAUUCUAUUAGCAAAAUAAUCGGUGGUCAUUGAACCAUCCCAAUUGGCGCAUUCUUCACCUAAAACUGUUUCGUUCUUUUCAUUGUUGAAUCAACUCAAUCAUGUUGAAAUAACGUGAAUUGAUUUUUAACCUCAACAGUUUCUAUAAAUUAUUUGAAUUUACAAUGUUUGCCAAGUGCUUUUUAUCUUAUUCAGUGAAAAACUGCAUUGUAUAAAAAGUAUUAUUAUUUUUGCGCUAAAUGCUUUUUCACAGUGACUGCGUUAAUAUUUUUUUUCCAAUUCAUCGUGUACACCAAUUUCGAAAUAUAAUUUUUAACACUGAGG